AGUGACAAAGAGCGAAGUUUUUCUAAAUGACACAUCGUCGCUGGAGGAGGUGUGGUUGAAAAUUUAUAAAGUUUGGUGUUUAUCAGCAAGGCAAUCCAGUUGAAAGUGGUGUGAAAUUCAAGCUUAAAGUGUAAUUUAGCCCAUUAAAUAGCAAUAUUAAUCAAAUCCUCAGUCAACAUGGCAGGCAGGCUACCGGCAUGCGUAAUCGAUGUGGGCACCGGCUACACUAAACUAGGUUAUGCUGGCAACAAGGAACCACAAUUUAUAAUACCCUCGGCUAUUGCCAUCAAAGAGUCAGCAGGUGUGGGCGACACCAAUAAGCGACGCGUCACAAAAGGCAUCGAGGAUCUGGACUUUUUUAUUGGCGACGAGGCGUUCGACGCCACGGGCUACUCCAUUAAAUAUCCUGUGCGUCAUGGCCUUGUGGAAGACUGGGAUCUGAUGGAGCGCUUCUUGGAGCAAUGCGUGUUCAAGUAUUUGCGUGCCGAGCCUGAAGAUCAUCAUUUUCUGCUGACCGAGCCACCACUAAAUACGCCAGAGAAUCGAGAAUAUACCGCUGAAAUCAUGUUUGAAACGUUUAAUGUUCCUGGUCUUUAUAUUGCGGUUCAGGCCGUUCUGGCAUUGGCUGCCAGUUGGGCAUCUAGAUCCGUGGAAGAGCGCACGCUAACCGGCAUUGUAGUAGACAGCGGUGAUGGUGUGACGCAUGUUAUUCCAGUGGCGGAAGGUUACGUGAUUGGCUCAUGCAUCAAGCAUAUACCGAUUGCCGGACGCAACAUUACGUCGUUCAUUCAAAGUUUAUUGCGAGAACGGGAGGUGGGCAUACCGCCAGAACAGAGCCUCGAGACUGCCAAAGCGAUUAAAGAGAAACACAGCUACAUAUGUCCAGACAUAGCCAAAGAGUUUGCCAAGUACGAUGCGGAGCCCAGUAAAUGGAUACGCAAUUUUACGGGCCUCAACACGGUGACGAAACAGCCGUUCAGCGUCGAUGUGGGCUAUGAACGUUUUCUCGGACCGGAAAUCUUCUUCCAUCCUGAGUUCUCAAAUCCAGAUUUUACCAUACCGCUUUCGGAGAUUGUUGACAAUGUCAUACAAAACUGUCCAAUCGACGUACGACGACCUCUCUAUAACAAUAUUGUACUGAGCGGCGGCUCGACCAUGUUCAAGGACUUUGGCAGACGCUUGCAACGCGACAUUAAGCGAUCGGUGGACACUCGUUUGCGUAUUAGCGAGAACCUGUCUGAGGGACGCAUUAAGCCAAAACCUAUUGACGUGCAGGUGAUUACGCAUCAUAUGCAGCGUUAUGCCGUCUGGUUUGGAGGCAGCAUGCUGGCUUCAACACCGGAGUUCUAUCAGGUAUGUCACACAAAGGCUGCCUAUGAGGAGUACGGACCGAGCAUUUGCCGUCAUAACCCCGUCUUUGGUACCAUGACAUAAUCAUAAUCGUUUAAAGUGCGUGACUGUCUGUCGAAUUCCGCGUUAUUAUUACCUAUUAUUUUCGUUUUGAUUUCGUUUUCUAUAUUCAAAAUGCGAUCACGUAUUCCACGCUAAAGUAUUGCUUAGCCGUUAGUAAUGAUUUUCUAUGUGUUAAGCUCUAAAGUUGUCUAAAAUGUUUCUAUAUAUCAGCAAUACGCGUAAAUCAUAUUUGGCCAAAUGUUUAUUUCUUGUGUGAUUCUGAUUUUGAAUUUAAGCUAAAAGAUCUUUAAACAACAAUGUCUGCCAGUUAAACUUUUUAUAAGGUGCAUUACUUCUACAAGAUUAUAUAAUUGUAUAUGUGUAACUUUUUAUAUCCUAGAAACACAUCCAACACACAUACAUACUUACACACACAAACAAACCAAACGGCUCUCCAUUGAAUCCCGCUCUGAACACAAUUAUAUAUGAAAUUGUACUUGUCAUAGUAAUAUUUAUAUAUUGCAAUAACUGCAAAAGGUUUAUAUGUAAAAGAGAUAAUAUUGAUGAGAAAUCUGUUUGUUAUAUUGAUAAGCGUAACUGAAAAAGGCAUUCAUUAAAUCAAUAAAACAUUCUUUAAGCUCAA